AUGCUGUCCUCCACCGUUCAGCCGCCCUCACAACCUCCUCGACCUCAUCAGUCCUCUCGCCAUCACGCCGCCGCCUCCACCUCGUCCGCCCCGGCCCUCGGCAAACCUCGUCGGCACUCUCUCCCAUUUUCCUUCCCACCUCUCUUUCAGUCCAACACAUCGUCAACGAGCCUGGUGCCUUCGACCGCCGAGGGCAAGCCUAUUCCCGUUGACGACUCUACCGUAGAGCACCGAACAUCAGCCCUCCGCGAGCUCAACUCAAACUUUCCCAGCCGCCACCGAUACGCAAAGUCGACAGGCGCCCAGAGCAGCACCUACUCCCAGCCUGUGAUAGUCCGAAGCUACUACGCUCCCGUACCGACCCGUCCCGUUAGCACAGAUCGAGGGGUCGUCAUUGUCAACGGCCGAGGACAUCGCACAACGCUCUCAGAGAGUGGGGGUCCUGCGGCUCUCGUACGGCGUGUGCUUCCGUUUACCUCGAAUAUCACGCCGGCCAGGAAUGGAAUGCUGGGAACCAUGGCGAGGAACCGAACAAAAAAGCGACUCAAUGAGCCUGAAGAGGCGAAGCUACCGCCGGUAGAGGCAUUUCGCUUCAAGAGUUUCAUGGCCAAUAUCGACGACCAGAGUGGCGGCACCGAUAUCAAUGCUGAUCUGGAUCGCAUUGCAGAAAUCUGUGCCAAGUCCCGAUAUUCUUUGAGCAAUCAAUACGAGGUUCAUUACGCUCCUCAUGGCUCCGGAUCGUCCUUCAUACCUGGAGUUGCCCAGACCCAGGAACCUCAGGGACCGACUCUUCAGGCCGUUUCGUCGGAUGAUGAGCGAAACUUGAGGCGCUCUAGAAGGAGACCAAUGGGCAUCAGGAGAAAUAGUAGAGCAAUGGGAACGUUGGAGACCAUCAUGUCUUCGAGUAGAUCCUCGGAUGAGGACAAGUCCAAGAAGAAGUCUGCAGCUGAGAUUGCAGAGGAGGUUCGCGGACGGGCUGCCAAAAAGGGCUCCAGACACGAAUCUUCAGCAUCAUCCUCGGAAAACGGAGCGGAGGAGAAUGCUCCUCAGGAGGAGGAUGCCACGCAGAGUGCAACUCGACGAAGGAGAUCUGGAUCUCUGGCACUCAUCGACGGCACUCGGCUGAGCAUGCACCUGAAUGAACUCAACUCGGCCACCGGCCUUGUUGGCGAACCCGCCCUGCCCCAAACAUCAAGCAGCCAGCUCGAGAUCCGCACUGCCCCCGAGGCGGCGCAUAAGGAGCGUAUCCCUGCACCACCCAAGACUAGACCCGUGGUUAUUGAGGGGCUCGACCAACCCCUUGCUCGCGGUUCCAUCUCCCCCGUUGACGCCUCGCAUGCCCGACAUAGCUUCAUCUCGACGCUGAGCGGCUGGAUGACUUGGCGAGCUCCUGAGUCCACGCCCCAUUCUCAGGGUCGUGCUGAAGGCAGCUUGCGAGAGCUACUCAAGUCAACUGAUGUCAAGGGCAAAGGAAUUGAAACGGUGGCAUACCAUUAA